CACAGUCGACUCAAUCGACUCACCUUCAACUAUCGUCACCCGUCAGUCCUUGCUUCCGCUCUACACAUCUCCCACCCGUCCCUGUGAAACAAGCGCUGCACACCAUGUCCAUGGAAGAGAGCAUCAGCCUGGAGGAGACGAACAAGAUUCGUAUCUCCCUCGGCCUCAAGCCUCUGACCGACGAUAGCGCUCCUGCGGACGACAGAGAGAAGCAAGCGGAGGACAAUUAUGCGAAGCAACGAGAGAAGGAAGCAAAAGAGCGGGAAGCAAAAAGAAUACAGGAGAAUAUUUCGAAGGUGAGGAAUCGCCGGGAGCUCAAUGCAAAGCUAAAAGGUUCCACUCUCGGUGAUGCCGACGGCCAUGUAGACGACACUUUGAAGUGGAUCAAGAAGAGCAAGAAGAGGGAGAAAGAGCUUGCUAGGAAGAGGCAGGAGGAGCUUGAGGACAUGGAAAAGGCCUUUCAAGAAGAGUACACAGAAAAGGACCUCGCCGGCUUGAGGGUCAGCCAUGACUUCGAAGGCAUGGACGAAGGCGAAGCACGCAUAUUAACACUGAAAGACAGCCGGAUCCUUGACAAUGAAGAGGACGAGCUACAGAACGUAGAAAUGGCUGAGCAUGAGCGCGUGAAGAAGAACCAAGAGCUUAAGAUAAAGAGGCGAGACUACACUGGUUACGAUGAUGAGGAGUUCGCUCCUGGUGCAGCUGGUAUGAAGCGGUCGUUGCUAUCCAAAUACGACGAAUUCCUGGAGGGCCCGAAAGAGACCGGAUUUCGGUUGGGCACGAACGUCACCUCUACUCAGUCUAGACGUGACGAGCGGGAGCAGGCAGCUGCCACUGUGAAUAAGUCCUUGCUCUCUAUAGACUACGCUAAGAAUAUUGAAUCGGAAGAUUACCUCAAAGAAGGGGACGUCGGGUUUAAGAAGCCUAAAACGAAGAAGAAGAGGGCUUCUCGUCGAGUCGCGGCAGAGGAUCACGACAUUCCCCCGCCCAAUGGUGAUGAUCAGAUGCAGGUAGACGAGAAGCCGAUUGUCCCACGACCUCGUAAUCUGGACACGAAUUUCGUAGAUGACGACGAGCUACAAGCAGCUCUUGCCCGUUCACGCAGGGCGAAGUUACAGAAAGCUAAGAAACUGUCUCCAGAGGACAUUGCUAGACGAGUCGCUGAAGAACGCACGAGGUCAGAGGCUCCGAACGGGGACGGUGUUAUCACUAUUGGAGAGGACGGUGAUGCGGAUGGCGAGAGUGGCUUGACUUUUGACGAUACCUCAGAGUUCGUCCGUGCCAUUACUUACGAGCCAACCUUGGUCAAGAAGGAAUCUCCUGCUGCAACAGCAGCACCAGUGCCCAUGGAGAUUAUCAAGCCACGCUCACCGUCCGUCGAUGUCAAAAUGGAGGUUGAGGAGGCCGUGGAAGAGCUUGAAGCAGGUGAAGUGAGAGUCAAGGAGGAAGAGGAUGACGAAGAGAUGCUCAAUGCGAUCGAGAAUGCGAUCAAGGAGACCGAAGCUGCUGAGAAGGCUGCCGCAGAGGGCACGGAGGUCCCUGUCGGUACGCUUACAGAGCAAACGUACAGCGCUGGCAUGGCGUCUACUUUGAACAUCCUGCGCCAGCAAGGCAUCCUUGCCGCGCCUACUGCCGACCAAAAGGAGCGAGAGAGGGUGCAGCUGCAGCGCGACCUUUGGUUGGCAGACUAUCGCCGCACGGUCGCUCAGCGAGAGCUGGAACGUGCCAAGAUGCGCGGGGGGAACAAGGAUCAGGCCACGCGCGAGUACGAGAACCGUCUUCGCGAACAGCAGGAGGCUCGACAGAACUUGGAGUCCUUCAAGAAUUACAAGCCGGAUGUCAACAUCGUGUACUACGAUGAAUUUGGACGUGAGCUCACGCCAAAGGAGGCUUGGAAGGCGCUUUCGCACAAGUUCCAUGGCAAGGGCUCUGGCAGGAUAAAGACCGAAAAACGGUUGAAGAAGAUCGCAGAGGAGAAGAAAAAGGAGGCGAUGGCUAGCGGUGACACGCCUUUGAGCAUGAAUCAGGCGUUCCAGAUCCGACAGGAGAAGGCAGGUCAGGCGCACUUUGUGCUGUCUGUUGGAAACAGAGGUGCCGUGCCUCAAGCUGCGGAAUUUCUCGAUGCCCAGCCGUUAUCAAAGGGCAAGACGGAGAAAAGGAACAAGAAGAAGAAUGCUGCUAAGUCCUCGACGCCACAGCUCGACUCGUCCGGCUUCAUGACACUGCCCGCCCCCAUGGCCAAUGGCAGCCCUACUCUCAUGGGUUCCCCGGCUAUCAUCUCUGGCGCAUCGCCCACCAGCACUGGCUCUCCUGCGCCCCGGCCUGGGUUUUCGAGAAUCUCUGCGGCAGCAGAGCCCUUCGCGUAUUCAAAGGAAGGCACUCCCGUUCCGAGCGACCGCACGAAGCUGGUCAUCGGGCUCGGCGCGAAACGCAAGGCGGUAGGAGAGGCUGCAGGCUCGCCGCCUCCGAAGAAGCGGUAG